AUGUCUACGAACGGUCGGAUUCCUGUCAUCAUUGAUACGGAUCCUGGUGUUGAUGAUACACUGGCCAUAUUGCUCGCGCUUGCUUCGCCCGAGCUGGAGGUUCUUGCGAUCGUCGUCUCCUUCGGAAACACCGAUCGCGCGUCUUCCCACAUUAACAUACUCAAGAUAUACCAAGCGAUUGCGCGGCACAUAGCGGCAUUUCCUCAAGAUGCAUCUCGCUUUCCUGGUAUGGCACCAAGUAGGAAAACCAUUCUUGCACUGGGCGAGGACAUGCCUUUACAAGGGGAGCUGCACAGCGCACAGUACUUCCACGGAAGAGACGGCUUAGGAGACAUCACGCAGCGGCAUCCAGAUUUGAACAUUGACGAUGACAUGCCUACCGACCAUCCACAACUGUCUAUCACGAAGAGACCUGGCGUCGAGGUCGCACUAGAGCUGAUCAAGUCGGAGCCGGCACGGACCGUCUCCUAUCUCGCGCUAGGCCCGUUGACGAACCUUGCGAAGUUGCUGCGCCUCGAUCGGGACACGGUGUGCAGCCGCAUUGGGCGUGUGGUAUGCAUGGGCGGCGGGCUCGACGUGCCGGGCAACACGUCUCCUGUGGCAGAAUUCAAUUUCUUUGCGGACCCAUACGCCGUCAAGGAACUGCUCGUCCCCUCUGACCCCGGACACGGCUUUCCCCUGGACCGCUUCGUGCUCCUGCCGCUCGACAUCACCACGCCGCACGAACUGUCUUUCCCAUACUACGCAGCCGUCAUCGACCCCGCGUUCGUGUCCACCGCCUCGCCGUCACGGGCGGCAGGGAAGCCGCCCCUCGUGCACUUCACAAGCUCUUUCCUCGAGCGCACGCGCGAAGUCAUGGUCGAGUUCGGCAAAGAUGCGAUGGAGCUGCACGACAUCGUCGCGGUCUGGUGCGCGAUCUCGAACCCACCCGUCGCGGACGAAGUCCCCGGCGCAUCGCCCGCGCUGCAGCGCGGAUGGAAGGCCGUGCAGCGCAAUACUGGGGAGCUCACACGCGGGAUGCUGGUUGUGGACCGGCGAGACGACCAGGGUGCAUACGCCCCGGGCGCGAACCGCGCAGAGGUCCAGGCGGAGCUCGAGCGGCACCACUUCCAGCACGCGGGCGCGUACGAGUCGACCGCGCUCCCGGCCCCCGUCGAGGUCGAGAGCCGCCCCGCCGCCGCCGCCGACGCCAAGGACCAGGGCGGCGCCGCGCAGAGGGGCGGCGUUGCGUGUAUUACGGAAACGCCGGGCUCUGCGGCACUUGUGCAGCUGCUCCUCGAGCGCGUUUGGGGUGUCAAGAAGGCGUAG